AUGGGGAGAGUGAAGACGGGUCCUGGGCACCGGAAGCUUCCGUGUCCCCUGUACGCUGGAUCAUGGGUUACGGACGAUCUGUUCGUGGUGGCGGGGGGCGGCGGGAAGACGAAAUCGGGCAUCCCGAACAGGAUCAUGCUCCUGAGGGUCGACAACGGAGCUGUCACCGAGCCCGUGGCGUUCGUGGACACGCCUGACGCGCCCCUCGCGCUCGCGGUGCACCCGGCGGGGCGCAUGCUCCUCGCGGCCAUGGCCUCGGGGGGCUGCAUCGCGGUCAGCAUCGACAUCGCGACGGCGACGCUGCGCGUGAACGAAGCAGUCACGGACAAGCUCUCCGCGGACCGCGUCGGAUCCGUGAGCAGGAUCGUGUACGACAAGAAAGGGAUGGUUGUGGCGUUCGGGCUCGACGGCCCCGUCACGAGCCGCGGAAGCGUCGUGUCGGUGGUUGUGCUCGACGCGUCAACGCUCGACUUCGUCUCCGAGGUGGAGGCCGCCGUCCACGGCGACACCCGCGCGGGCGUCAAGGACGUGGACUUCUGCCGCUUCGGGCAGCCCUGGCUGGCGGUCGUCGACGAGAGCGGUUCGGUUCGUGUUGCGAAUUACGAGUCCGGAGUCGUGUUUUCGCAAAUGCCGGCGCCCCCGCCGCCCUUCGACAAGGCCGGCGCGGCGCGCUGCCAGUUCUCGCGGCAGCACGACGAGUCCGCGCUCUUCGUGCUCUCCAACUGCGCGGUGCGCGGAGAGCCCGCCGGGUACGUCGCGCGGUGGGAACUCAUACCGCAGAGCGUGGCUGACUCAGUUGGACGCGUCAACCUCGCGUGGAUCGGCGGCCGCUUCCGCCAGGCGAUCGCGGACCCCAUCACGACGAUGAACAUCAGCAGGAGCGGGUCGCGGCUGGUCGUUGGGAGCUCGGAGGGCGAGAUCCGCGUUUUGGCAGCGAAUGCCGCCGCGAGCACAAGCUACCGCCUGAAAGACGCCCACAUGGUCGUGGUGACGCAGGGGUGCUUCUCGCCGGACGAGAACAGCCUGCUGACGGUCUCCGCGGACUCGUCCGUGCGCGUGACGAACGUCGCGGGCGUCAAGGGGGCUUCUCCGGGCCAGGGGGGGGGGAGUUCGGGGGGGUCCUGCCUGUGGACGCUGGUCAAGCUGGUGCUCUUCCUCUGCCUGCUCGCGGCCGUCGUUGUGGCGUACCUCGUCGACGUGGCGCACCCCGGCGUCAUCGGGCACGAAACGGCGACGUGA